GGUCAUCUUAGUUUGGAUCCGUGACGACAAAGGGCCGACUGUAGCGUGAGGACAAUCUAUCUUGAUAAUCACAUAAUCAAUGCAUUCGACACACCGCAUCUCGUCCUAAAAACAUCCACAAAAGAGAUAACCGCGCCGUUCCAUAGCACAAGACUUGUGCCUCUAAGCGACUGACCAUGUAUCAUUUUGUUGCCCCACUCUUCUUGGUCUCUUCGGAGGGCCAAGCGAACAGGGCCGACCACCAGCUCAACAACAUCGAAGCCGUGGCCACUAAGCAGCGCAGAAAAGUUCAGAAUCGGAAGAACCAACGAUUGCAUCGGCUACGAAAGAAGAAGCCAAACGCGGCUUCUGCUCAAGCCUCGCGCCCAUUCCAAGUUGACCGCUGGCGUUUGGACGAACUGGACGACUUGCUCAUCGAUGCUGAGGAUUCCGCUACCAAGGAGCUCACUACCAAGGAUGCGAAUGUUGUCACCUCGACUGCUACUCCCAGAAGGACUGUGGUAUUCCGGGACUCACUCUUAUGCGUUUCGACCUUAGUUCCAACCACGCUCAAUCCCCCGCCCAUGGUCUUCCCUCUUUCCACCGACCACCUCCUCCAUCUAGUCCAAUACAAUGUUUUUCGAGCUUUCGUCUCCAACAAGCGUACCCUGAAUGCGCUUCUCAAAGGUUGGUCAUACGACAAGCCUUAUACAGAAUGUCCUGUUUGUCCUAUCAGUUUACCCUACACCGACGACACCAACAUAUAUCCUUUGAACCCUAACAUACCUUCGUCGCUAUUCCCCACUCGCUUGCAGCAAGAGCGCACGCACUCGUCCUGGAUCAAUCUCUUUCCAUUCCCUUCGCUACGAGACAAUUUCAUUAGGCACGAGGAACGACUCGAUCACUGGGAUCUGUUGGAUGAUCUUGUUGGGGAGCUUAUGGGGAAUAUACCGACCCAGGAGCGACGAGGUACGUCAGCUGCUAUCACUUUGUCUGAUCCAAAGACUGCCCCGGAACAGCCGGUCGCAGCGGUAGGCAACGAUGACGAUGGGGUCACAGCGGGCCGCAGAGGACUUAUAGUCUGGGGAGAGCCUCAUGUUCAACAGAACUGGGAGGCUACGCCAGAGUUUCUGAAGAAGUGGUCGUGGGCAGUGCAAGGAUGCGACGACCUGCUUGCCUCUAGUAACCGUUGGAGGUUGGCGAGAGGGGAAGAGCCUCUAAGUCUUCCGGCAAUAGAAGACUUGUCUUUAAAUUAGAAACGUCCGGAUGCGGUCUAAGAAAGAUGGCCUCCAGGAUGCGAUACUUGUUAUUGCAAAGCCACGAUAAGGCAGAGAGUAGGAUAUCGG